AGGGAGUUGGGAGCUAAAGAGUGCAGUGCAGCCAAAAGUCAUACAUUGAAAUUCAUCAUCAUCAGUUGUUCUUCUACCUUACGUCUUUAGCCUAUUUUUAUUGGUACAAUAAUUCUUUGCUAGUUUUAUUUUCCACAUGAUUUUGGUGGAUCGUCUGCCCAAAAGUUAAAGGACUUGGAACACUGAAGGCAAGUUAAAAUUCAGUUCAUUUUUCUUACUGUGUGAGAGAGAGAGAGAGAGAGAGCAAUGCAAGUUAACAAUGGUGAUAUGUAACAUAUGAAGACAAGUAAAUACUAUUUUAUUGUGCAAUGUGCAGGUACAACUAGUCAAAUUAUCCAUUCAAAAUAGGCUCUUGAGCUCAUAUCUCUUAACAUUUACAUUUUGUCUUUUAUUCUAAACCUUAGGGUUAAUGGUGACUGAUGAGUACGAAACAACCAAUUCACUUAAGAACAUUAUGGACACGUGAAGGAAGAAAAAUUGGUGUACUUGCUUCUUUCUAACAUUAUCAUUGGAGCCACGGACAAGUUUGGGAUAGCAACAAAUUAAAUGCAUGAUAAUAACCACCAAGACCUUUAGGAAUGCUGGAAGAUUGGUAGGGUACAAUUACUUUUGGACACAAUCAAAUGCAGAAAUUAACUUAUUGAGCAUUGAGCAACGUGAUCCAGAUGACCCAAAUACAUAUAUAAUUAAGCGUGAUGAUUACUUGCCUGGUUAACCAAAUGACACUUUUAGUUGAUUUUUAUGUGAAAAAACAAUAAACUACGUGCACUGAGAAUGAGUAAUGUAAUUCAACAACUAUAUAAGUGUGCUCAUUAUACUUUGGUUGGCCAACACAUUCAUGGGGAGUUGGAGAAAGUCAGGCAUGGAAAUUCAUUAUCAUCAUCAUCGUCUCUUUUGGUAUGUGCUGCUUGUUGUGGUCUAUUUUUUCUCUUUCACUGAAAGUAUAAGUCGGAGAGAUUUUCCAGCUGGUUUCAUAUUUGGAGGGGCCUCAAGUGCUUACCAGUAUGAAGGGGCUGCAUAUCAACAUGGAAAAGGACCUAGCAUAUGGGACACUUUCACUAGGGAACAUCCAGAAAAAAUUGCGGACCAUAGCACCGGGGUUAUAGCUGAAAAUUUUUAUUAUCGCUUUGAGGAGGACAUAGCUCUGAUGAAAGAUAUUGGUUUAGACUUCUUUAGAUUCUCCAUCUCAUGGCCCAGAAUACUACCUAAAGGAAAACUCAGUGGGGGAGUGAACCAAGAAGGGGUCACAUUCUACAAUAACCUCAUAAAUGAGCUACUGUCUCAAGGUUUAAAACCGUUUAUAACUCUAUUCCAUUGGGAUGUUCCACAAGCCCUUGAAGAUGAGUAUGGUGGAUUCUUGAGCCAAAACAUAGUGGAUGAUUAUCGCAACUAUGUGGACUUUUGUUUCAAAGAAUUUGGUGAUAGAGUGAAGUAUUGGAUCACAAUUAACGAGCCAAAUAUAUUUACCAUUGGGGGGUACGCAGACGGCACCACGGCACCUGGUCGAUGUUCAAACUAUAUCGGAAAUUGCACGCGUGGGAACUCCAGAACAGAACCCUAUAUAGUGGGACAUAAUUUUCUUCUUUCUCAUGCAGCUGCUGUGAAAUUGUACAGGGAAAAGUAUCAGACUUCUCAAAUGGGAGAAAUUGGCAUUACAGUAUCAAGUCGUUGGGUGCUGCCCAAAUACCAAACAGUUGCUAGCACCAAGGCUGCCUUUAGAGGUCUCGAUUUUUUGUUUGGAUGGUUUGUUGAUCCAGUUAUAUUUGGUGACUAUCCUGAGACUAUGCGAGCUUUGGUGGGGACUCGACUGCCCAUAUUUACUGAAUCACAAUCCAAGAUGCUAAAGGGUUCUCUAGAUUUUCUUGGAGUAAAUUACUACACUGCAAGAUAUGCAGAUGACUCUACUUCUUCUAGUAGCGUCAACCUAAGUUACACAACAGAUAGCCACGUAAAUCUGACCACGGAGAAGGAUGGCAUUCUUAUUGGUCAACCAACCGCUGCUGACUGGCUUUUCAUUUAUCCAAGAGGAAUUCGAGAACUUAUGCUAUACAUAAAUAAAAAAUACAAUAAUCCGCCUAUUUUCAUUACCGAAAAUGGAGUUGCUGAUAAUGGCUCAUUGCCGAUUCAAGAGGCUCUCAAUGAUAGCUUAAGGAUAAAUUACUACCAUAGUCAUCUAUCAAAUCUCUUAAAGGCUAUAAGGGCUGGGGUUGACGUGAGAGGAUACUUUGCGUGGUCAGUUCUUGAUGACUUUGAGUGGAAUUCUGGUUAUACUCUUCGAUUUGGCAUCACUUACAUAGAUUACAAAAAUGGGCUGACAAGAUACAUGAAAUGCUCUGCUCUGUGGUUCAAAAAUUUUCUCCAAAAGGAAAAUGUCAUCAAAAGCGAACCUUUGUUGUACAUGAGUAGUAAUUGAAUUUUGAGCAACUGAUUUGUUGUAUGUUGAACUAAUUGUUUCACUGUAUCCUCCAGCAUGCACUUAUUCUGAAAAU